UGUGACGUGAUUAUUCCGCGCCUAUGUUUUGAACAAACACGAAUGACAACCGCCAGGGCAAACAGCCUGAUCAUUCCCCCUAAAUAAGUACCACACUAAUUCAAUAACAUAUACCCCCACUUAGUGCUGAGGUGACUAAAGUGACCCGUCAUGUCUCAUUCUCAGCAGCAGUCCGCCCCCGGGCCCCUCCCCACGGCCCCAGACUCCCCUGCCAUGGGCGUGACGGUCAGCGGCAACGUCACCAAGUAUGCCAUGAAGAAGAAGAAGAUCCUCAACGCCGAGGAGAGUGAGCUAUUUGAGUUGACGCAGGCCGCAGGCAUCGCCAUGGACCAGGAGGUCUUCAAGAUCAUUGUGGACCUGUUGAAGAUGAACGUAGCUCCACUGGCUGUGUUCCAGACCCUGAAGGCCAUGUGUGCUGGCCAGAGGAUAGCUGACACCUCCAUGGGAGACUCCUCCACUGCCUCCUACCCCAACACCACCACUACCACCACAGCCCCCACAGAACCCAGAGAAGAGGACUCUGUUGUGUCUGCCACUAAAAGCUUUAAGCCCCCUGCACCUCCCCCCACCUCCUCCUCCACAUCCUCCUCUGCUGGCCCCAGGCCCACCAGGGUCAACUCUAAGAUGGUCUACGACACCUCCUCUCCUCACUCUCAAGUGCGUAGUAAAACGGGUGCUGGCCACGGGGAGAAGAGCAGAGAGGGUUCCAGCCAGAGGGUGCCACGCCAGCCCAGUGCCACCAGGGGGCAGAAGACCACCAAGAGCUCUGGAAGCAGCAGCUCCUCCUCACAGGUCACCCCAACUACCACCAACUAGACCCCACAGGAAGGAGGGAUGACUGAUGGGGCACCUCACAAGUCUUAAGUUGCUUCCUCUCCUCGUCUUCUUUCCUUCAUCUACAUUAACGGCUAAUUAAUCUCCUCUCCUCCUCGGUUGAAUGAAGAUAAAUGAAUAUAAGACAGUUGUUUUAGUGAAGGUAUGAACCUAGUCCCCCAUGUUGCUUUCACCUUUCAUAUGCUUCCACGUCAGAUCAGUAGAGGAUGAACCUUGUUUCUGAAAGUCAGAAUCAGUGUGACCUCUAAUGCUUACCUCUUAGUCACCCGUGCUGAUUUUCAACCUGCCAAAAGGCUGGGAGAUGUGCCUCUUUGGGUCCAGAGUCCAUUGGGAUAUGUUAGCGUAUCAUGGUUGGGUUGAGGAUAAGGGUUGACAGAAACAGUUCUUAGUACAGUACCAUAAAAAAUACCACUUUUGGGGACACCUUGUAUAGAGGUCCUCUUUGUCUACCAUGCUGAAAUCCAACACAAUACUGGGUCUUUUGUUGUAAUUUCCUUUGGCUUAGCGGGAGUUACUAGAGUACAGCCAAUUCUGUUGCCUCUCUCGUCCAACACAACGGACUGCUGUUGUAUUCUGCCUGAUGUUGUCAAAAUACAAAUAACACUUCUACAAGCUACUGCGUGUUCUUUUCUCUGUCCACCAUAAUGACACCCAACACAACACAGUCUACUGUGUCAUGUGUGUACCUAGGAGAUGGUAAGUCAAAUGUGGUGGGCUUUGUGAUGUUCGGUCUACUGUGAUGCUACAGCUGGGAAGAGAGAGAACGAAGCACUGUACAGGUCACCUCUCUGGGACAAUGCCUCAUCGUAUAGCAUUGGUUCAAAUUCAAUCAUUUUCAUAUUCAUACCACUGAUAUUCUAAAGUUGUCCUCUUCCUUUAUCUCUCCCUAUCUGUAAAUACUGAACAGAUAUGUUAUAUGCACUAUAUAUAUCUAUUCAGGUUCCUGUUUCUGACAUUCUCCAGUGAAUCUUGUAUACAGGACAAAGAUUAUUACUGUUUGAAAUGUGUACUGUUCAUUGUCUAUUUGACUCCAAUAAAGACUUUUCGCCAGUGCAA